GAUAACUAGAGUUACCCAGCGCGAAGGGUGGGGGGAGAGAGGCAUACCACCUCGAACUGUCCGAUGGUGAGUGAGUUGCAAAGAGUGGAACGAGGCCGCUGAGAAAGCUCGCGGCCAGCGCCGGCCGUGGGUACCUCCAAAGCGGGCGACUGACGACACGAAACUUGGAGACCACAGUAUGAAGUUUCUGGUGGAGCCUCGACAGCGGAGGAACAGAAUUAUUGUGGCUGUAGUGACAAUCGUACUUGUCUUCAGCAUGUGUGACAGUUUGACAGCAAACCUGCAGCAGCAGCAGCAGGUGGUGGGGACUGAAGCAACGACCGAUGUGUCACCAGCGGCAAUUGCGUCUUUGUCUUAUUAUUGUUCGUAUGACACAUGUCAGUGCAGUGCGGAUAUGAGAGAACUGACCUGCAGAGGUGUAUCAUUCACACGGGUACCAACUCCGCUACCAACAACGCUUGUCAAACUGGACUUGGCCAGUAACAACAUUACGGAGUUAACGGAGACUUCAUUGUCGGAACUUUCCAACCUGGAGGAACUGAUUCUCUCCGAUAACGCCCUGGAGCGCAUCCAUCCAGAGGUUUUCGCCAACAACAAGAAUCUGAAAAGACUGUCCCUGCAGAACUGUGGCCUGAGAGACGUUCCCGCCCACACGCUGCACUCCCUACAUCGCCUCACGUCCCUGAAUUUGGACCAGAACUCGAUAGAGACGAUUGAUCCUUCCACUUUCAAGGGACUUCGUGUUCUGAGGAACCUCCGAUUGGACAGCAACAAACUGAGUGGCGUCCCGACGCAAGCCUUGGCGCCCCUGAGAGUGCUGGAAAUACUGAACUUGGGAAACAACCUGCUGACGUCACUCCCGAUGGCUGGCUUCCCCCAUCUCCCGAACCUACUAAUCUUGUUACUGAAGAGAAACCAGAUCUCUAGUAUUGAUGAUGACGCCUUUAUGAACCUAACUUCACUCAGAACCUUGGAACUGGACGACAACUUACUAACUCACAUUCCAUCGGCCCUAACGAAACUUACGUUGCUGCAGGACCUAUCCCUGUCCGGGAAUCGAAUUAAGUACAUCCCCAGUGGAAUCCUGCAGCAGGCUUCAGGGUUGACGCUGCUCGAACUCAAAGGGAACCCCUUGAUGGGCGUCCACCCACAUGCCUUCUCGUCCCUUCCCAGCCUACGCAAACUAAUCCUGUCUGACGCACGGGAACUGGAUGUCUUUCCUAGUCUCAAUGGUACUGCAGCCCUUGAGGUCCUGAGGUUGGACCGCGCAAGUCUCAGCACCGUGCCGACAUCGCUGUGCAGGACAUGCCCUCGCCUCAAGAGUCUGGACAUGAAAUCGAACAAGUUGACCAAAGUUCCUGAGCUGGGCGGCUGCAAGGAUCUCAGGGUGCUGGAUUUGGCCAGUAAUCAGAUUGAUAGCCUGGAAGGAAAUCUAUUUAAGGGUCUGUCAUUACUGCACGAUCUCCUCCUGUGCAACAAUGCCAUACGGACAGUGCCAGAAGAUGCUUUUCAUGGUCUCCCUGCUCUCCAGCUGCUGGAUCUGGAGAACAAUGGGAUUCAGAAAAUUCAUCCGGAAGCAUUCGUGCCCCUUACACAGAUUGAGGACCUGAACUUGGGCAACAAUCUGUUCCCAGUGCUGCCCUCACGAGGUCUUAAUGGACUGCUACACCUCAAGACGUUCAACAACCCCAACUUGCGCGAGUUUCCAUCACCAGAACAUUUCCCGCGUAUCCAGAGCCUCGUGCUGUCAUAUGCUUACCAUUGCUGUGCAUUUCUACCCCUCAUUCCUGCAGAACCUCCCCCUCGGGCCAACUUACAUGAGGCUGUACUCUUCCCCAGCAACAACGAAUUCGAUAUGUCCCUCUGGAACUCCAGCCUCACUGAUGUCUGGCCCCAGCUCCAGAACCUGACACAAAAGUUUGGGACCCAAAUCAACGAUAUGUGGGACAACUUUGGGUCUGACUUCACAUACCCAGGGAACUUGCCAGCAUAUGUUGAGGAAUACUUCGAGGAUCAGGAGAAUGCCAAGCUAGCAGGAAGUGAACUGCCACCUGGGAAGAUUGCCUGUCUGCCACUUCCGGGUCCAUUCCUGCCCUGCCAGGAUCUGUUUGACUGGUGGACACUGCGCUGUGGCGUUUGGAUUGUGUUCCUGCUUGCCAUGCUGGGUAAUGGCACAGUUGUUUUCGUACUCAUCUUCUCACGUAGCAAGAUGGAUGUGCCCCGCUUCCUGGUCUGCAAUCUAGCAGCUGCAGAUUUCUUCAUGGGAGUGUACUUAGGAUUCCUGGCGGUGGUUGAUGCCUCCACACUAGGAGAGUUCCGGAUGUAUGCCAUCCCAUGGCAGAUGUCUGUGGGCUGCCAACUGGCCGGCUUUCUGGGUGUGCUUAGCUCAGAGCUGUCAGUGUACACACUGGCAGUUAUCACUCUGGAGCGGAAUUACGCCAUCACGCACGCCAUGCAUCUCAACAAACGGCUGUCUCUCAAACAUGCGAGCUACAUAAUGGCUUGUGGCUGGAGUUUCGCUCUCUCCAUGGCUCUUCUCCCUCUCUUUGGUAUCUCUGAUUACCGCAAGUUUGCCAUAUGCCUCCCUUUCGAGACAACAACAGGUCCAGCUAGCCUCAUGUACGUUGUGUUUCUUAUGUUCAUCAAUGGUGUUGCCUUCCUCAUCCUUAUGGGCUGUUACCUGAAGAUGUACUGUGCCAUUCGGGGCUCUCAGGCAUGGAACUCCAACGAUUCCAGAAUAGCUAAGCGAAUGGCCCUACUCGUCUUUACAGACUUCAUUUGUUGGUCACCGAUUGCAUUCUUCUCCCUUACAGCAGCAUUUGGGCUGCAGCUCAUCUCUCUAGAACAGGCCAAAGUGUUCACCGUGUUUAUCCUGCCUCUCAAUUCAUGUUGCAACCCGUUUCUAUAUGCCAUCUUAACCAAACAAUUCAAGAAGGACUGUGUACUCAUCUGCAAGGCAAUAGAGGAGUCCCGAGUGACGAGAGGUAUAGGAAGGUGUCGUCAUAGUUCCAACUUCAGUAACCGCCAGACACCAGCCAAUACCAACAGUCUGGUAGACAGGUCGUCACGGGAGCAGCAACAUGCACACCCACAUCACACGCAGACCUGUACCUGCAACACCAAGUUGCUGAAUGAUGGUAACACCACAGCUUCCAGGAGUCGCCGACAGCAAGGCGUGUCUCCCCGCCAGUGGCUGCUACUGUGCUUCAACAGAAACAGAGAGAAUCGACACAGAGCUCGGUCAGAUCAAUAUGCAUACCAGAUUGCAGAGAUUCAGCAGAAGCAACACAAGCGAGCUUCCUCAGUGUCAUCCAGCGAGAACUUCAGUUCCUCAAGAUCAGACUCAUGGCGUCAGAAUCACCAUCACUGCGGUAUACCUCUCCGUCUCCUCGACCCCAAGCGAAGAGGAUCAUCAUGGCUUGUCACCAGAAAAACUUCUCAAGACUCAAACCUGUCAAGUUCCAGGAAUGAUUCUUCGGGAUCAGCAACAACAGCGAGUACCAGCACAUGGAGGAUGUCUCGCUCAAGUGCCUCCAGUGAUAUGCGGACCACAGUGGUAUCAGUUCCUGCAGAAACUAAUAAUACCAGAUCUCGGUCCAAGCCACGCCUCACAAGGCAAAGUGCCAUCGUCCAAGAUGAUUCUGACCCACCUGGUUCUCCUGGACGCCUCACAGUUAGGUUCCUAACGACAAUACCGUCAGCUGCUGAAACAAGCGUUCAGCAAGACGAGGAACCGGACAGUCCUAGUGGUUGUACAGCUGCCGUUCUUCAUACAACAGAGGUCUCUAGCCAUUCACAGCCAUAUUAUGCCAUCCUUCACACCACCUCAUCCCCACAGGGGAGUCCCUCUGGGGGCAGUCCUGCUCUCCAACAUAUAACAAUACACACGAGUCCACAAACAACACUAGAUACAGGGCUCCCACGGCGCCUAUCCCGCAGUGGCUUGUCCCCACCUCAUUUACCUUUCCUAGCCUCCAGUCAUCGCCAGCAACCCACCACCUCUCAGAGUUCACCACAGCUCAGCUCUCUGUUCUCAGAAAUUCCAAUCAGCAGUGCUGAGCACCAAACUAGUCAACCCCCUUCGCCUGCAGUCUCCACUCCCCCACGACAGCAAACCCCAUCACCCAGUCAGCAGCAAGCAAUGCACCAAGACAAUACAUGAUUUUGUGUGCCAACUCUGUGAGAAUUGUCUCUCAUCUCCUGGCUUUUGCCUAGGGUUAUGUUCUCGUCACCUCAUAAUGGAGAGUGAAUUGAGCAACACGUGUUGCGUCCCGAGGCAGAGAUAAGUAAGAUGGCUACACUUUUGGCUCAGAAGAGGGGAAAGAUUGGUCCAUGAGUGUGCCCUGCACUGAUCUUUCUUCCCAUGCAAAGAGAUGGCAUGACCACUGACUGAUGUUACUGUCAGUUCCAAACAUCUAAGCUGACUUUUAUUUUCAAACAUUCAGUCUCGCCAUUCUGCCCUGGUCUGAAACGUAACAUGUUCUGACAUAUUACAGGUGUUACUUGAUGAAUGAGAUUGAGUUCUUUAUGAAAUUCACAAAAUAUAAAGAGUCUGCAACAAUAUAUAGUUUCAUCUGCCUUCAUUUCCAUCCUUGUAUGACUUCAGAAGUCAUGAACUAUUCUCUUCAAAACACACCAGCAUGGGACUAUCAAGCCUCAUAUGCAGGUCUGCACACAGUCACCAUAGCGCCAAAAAUUGUGAUCACAAUUUCCUUCUUAUUAUGUUACUACCAACAUAUCUGUCUUCCUUUCCUCCAUCCAUCUUUAUCUUUAUCUCCUUCACUCAUUUCUGCUUAAUUUAUUUCUGUUGUCUUUCAUAUGUCUGUCUUAAUUUUUUCAAUUACACCCUUUCUUCCCUUUUUGUAAAUUUCUUUCCCUCCAGAAUUUAUUUGCACAUUCCAUAAUUCCUGUCCACAUAUCCAAAUAAUGGGAAAACAUAGUUUCUUCAUUUCUCCAAUAUCCUAGCAUUGGCCCAUUGUUCCUGAAUAUAAAAGAAUGUGGCUAUUAUUUAUAUGCAAAUAUUUGAGCUGUACUCUUAUUAAGGUAUUUUACCUUAGUCAGACUAUUGUAGUAGAUCCAGGCAAAGAAUUCUCAUGGAUUUUCCCUUCAUCUACCCUCCCUUCCUGCACUCCCCUUACUCUACCACCACUCUUUUGCCCCUAUUAUUUCCUCUGCUUUAAAAUAAUUGUUUCAGCAUUUUAGUUUCUUUAGAUAACCAUUCCCGCUUAGUAACUCUUAUCCCCACUGCCCAUGAGAAUUCUUUGGCUGGCUCAACAGUAGCUUUUUGGAGAUGAUUCAGAGAUUUACAGGAUAUCUGUGCAGGCCUGUUCAUAUCUGUUAAAUUGUUCAACGUAUGUUAAACAUAAAAGUAUAUUAGGAAAUCCAACUAUGUUAGACUCUCAGACGGAGUGUCUCCUUUGCCCUGGACCUCGGAGAGUAGUUCUACCUGGGGAAUGCAUCAUAUUGAACGAAGGUAUAGAUAAAAGCGAAAACCUGUUCUUUUCUCUAGACAUCGAUAUGUCCCAUUUAACACAAUCUGUGGCAGUUCUAACACACAAGUGUGCUCUGUCAAUCUAAUCAGCUCACGGCAUGCAGACAGUUAAGAGAAGUAUUCAUGUAAUUGUGUCUCAUUACGUCUUGAGUGGUUUCACCCCCAAAAUCGUCCACCGUAACAUGUAUUGAAAUCAAGAUGACCCAAACUAUAAUAACAGAAUUUCAGUAUUAUAAUUGAAGAAUGUUUGAGCCCUUCAAAUUAUGAUUCUUAGUAUGCUUGUGUAUUUCCAUUAUGUGCUUAUAAUAUGAAAUUUAAUGUAUCAGUAAUGGUAACAUACCAUAAACUUCUAUAUCAUCCGGGUUUCAAAUCAAGUGCAACUGAAGAGCACUGCCUUCUGGGACAUAAUGCUGUGUAGUGACUACAAGGCAGUAUACCCCAGAAGACAAUACUCUUCAUAACUACCGCUGUAAGAACCUGAAACCCUACAACUGCAAUUGAAUUAUUCAAUUUCAAACCAAGUAAUUUCCUUGUUAAUAAUCAUAAGUAAAUUUUCAGUUUUAAGAUUUUUUACAUGUUUCUUAAAUUAUUAAAGAUACAAUAAUAUUUCAAUUUGAAUGUUCCACUGCUUAAGGAACAACAUCUCUUCCUUCAGACAUUUCCAUUGUUAUGUGGGUUGUCUAACAUCACAACUGCUCUCUCUGUGUGUGCCUUCUCAACGCUUCUUCAAUUAUAUGCCCCUUUGGCCUGGGUCUUCAUGUAUGUUUUACUUUCAUUCCAAAGUUCAAAACCUUCUUUGAGUGUCUCUCUUUGUUUACUCUUAUAACAUGCACGCAUUAUCUUAUUCUAUUAUUUAUGAAUUUAUUUUCUAAUUCUCUCUCAUUUUUUAAUUUCUUAAUCUCUCUUUUCUUUUUAUUCCUUGUGGAUAUCAGGAAGAUGUUCCAUGAUAAUUCCCGUACUCAAACGCUUCCUUAUUAGAUAACCUUUGUUUCAUUCUAAAACUUACUACACUAACGAGAGUCUUAUCUGGUCAAUCACGUGAACAUUCUGCCAAAAGUUUUCAUUUGAAUACAAUUUUUCUGUCAGGCUAUUGUUAUGCAAUCCCAUUUCUGGACAUUACAUGUAAAACUUCUUGUGAUGCAGAGGUAAUUAUGAAGCAUGUAAAACUUUAUUGUGCCUUCCACUGAACAGGUUAAUCAAGAGGUAACACUCCAGGCUUGUAUUUAGGAGGUGCUGAGUUUGGAUCUUGGCUAAGACACUGGCUUGUCUUGACUGAGGUUUUCAUCAGUUCUAAUCAAGUGCUGAGAAAGUACCUUGAUUAGAUCCUUUCCAAUUCAUCAUUCAUUCAUCUGACACUGUGUAGUCUAGCUAUUGAAAAGUGUUGUUAAAUAAGUUACGAGAAAUUCUUUCAAAACACAGGUACCCAACUAUAAUACUGUAUGACCUGUGUUUUGAAAGAAUUUCUUACCUUCAGCCUCAGACCAGGAGGCAGCAGUUUCAUUCAAAAUUUUGGUAACAAUCUGCCAGACUAUAUAUAUGGCAUAACAUUUCAGAAGACGCUCAUCUUCGCAAUUUUUUUAUUUUAAAUGGAAGCCCUGUGGGACAGUGUUAGCUCUUUAGUCUACAAAUGCUCUUGACUAAAAGGUAUAAAUUAUAUCAUAUACAAUAUAAAUAAAUAUGCCAAAUACAAAGUCAAAAAAUAUUAACUAUCAGUGAAUUGUCUCAGAAUUGUCCAUUAUGUAUUUCGGCAGUCAUGCAAGUAUGUAAUUCAAGCAUACGUUUCACUCAGCAUUUACAGUGAAAUUUGCUUGGUUUGAAAUAAAUUCAUUUGCAGUUAGAAAACAUGAUCUACCAUCUUGACUCAGAAUUAUUCUGGUUGACUUAAAAUUAAGUUAUGUUAACACCACAGAAUCAUUGAGUACAUUUUAUUUCUACUAUUAUCUGCAGUGUAAUGUCUCCAUUAGUCUCAUCACAAAAACUGAUCUUGCCAAUUUCAUCGUCAGCAUCUGUAUCAUACUCAUGAAAACAGUGUGAUUCUGUAAAAGUCAGUGUACUAUGAAGAUCGAUCUGUAUUUUGUCAACUAGAGAUCACACAUCAUUCCAUGACCCAGGAAGAGUGAAAGAACUUGCAGUAUGGUUGUAUCUGUGUGGGAGAGGUUUAUUCUCUAGGAUGUAUUUAUUUAUUUUGCUGAAGUCUGUACUCAGGGAAAACAAGACUUUUAUAUAAUCUGACAGUGAAGGAAUUUGUCUUCUGAUUUCACCUUUACAUUUUAAAUUAUGUUCCAAAAAUAAACCACUAAGAAGUAAUUACGCUAUACUGAGAUCACAAAUAGAAAUGCCUUGGGUCACCCCCUUGCUGUCCACUGAUUUACUUCCUCCUCCAACAGAAUUCCUUAUAUGCUCCUCCAGUUGAGCUGUUCUGUUCAUACAAAUGCUGGUAGUGACAAGCGCUGUAGGCUUGGUGGCAGAAGGGGUUUGCAGAAAAAUACAACUUUAGGCAGAAAGAGAUAGGCCCACAAUGCAUGAGACUUCCUUCUGGGACCUCAGUAUAGUCUACAAGUCUUCCAGCAUAUUAAAGCACUGACUUAACAUAAUGAUAAAUGAAUGUAGCAGAAAUGGUGAAAUUAUUUAGAAACAAGACUGUUGGAUUUUAAGAUCUUAUUACAACUGUAGGAUGUUGGAAUGUCAUCUCAAGGAAAUAAAGAAGGAAAUUUGUUUCUUAAUACUACAUCUUAUAACAUUUUUUAUUAUGCUGGGAGAGAUCAAUGUUGUGUGAUCACACACAUAAUACACCAACAUUGAGUUCCUGAAUUAGUAGCUGAAUCUCUGGUGUCUUGGAGAUAAUGCUGGAAUGUAUGGCAUUUCUCGAUAUCAAGUGUGGUCUGUCUAUGUGAGCUGCAUGAAAUUAAAUCAGAUGGAAGCAGAAAUUCAGAAUUUCUGACCUCAGAUGAUUUGAAAUCUGGUCAUCAUUUGGGAAAUCAAGUAUUCCACAUAUUGCUGACUGAAGAUAUUCGAAAUAAAACCCUACAGGUGGAUCUGAUGUCUUACAAAAUCACUGAAUGAGACAGCUGCCUUAUUUAUUGUCUUUAGUAAGUAUGUGGCUAUAUUUAAAAUUUACUACUGACAUUUUUUAAUUAGUGUCUCACUAUAACACUGUUAGCUUUAAGAUAUUUCAGGAUUAAAUUCAUUAUAAUUAUUAUUUUGCACGUCCAUCUUGAGUUUCUUCAAAACACAGCAUUGCAGAAACUGUUACCACGUGUGAUAGGAAAGGUUCUCAGUCCUCAAGUGAAUGAUACUAGCUGUUUCUAAUGCACCCAACUGAGUAGGAAUCUAUCCUCUCAUACUUUAUGAUGGAAACAGAUCAGUUCCUGAAACAUUGUGUUUUGAUGAAACUCAGGAUGAUGGCCAAUGUGUAAAAUAAUAAUCCUAGUUACUGUUACACACCAUUGUCAGAAACCUUUAGACAUAGAUUAAAUUUAUUAAAAUUUAUUGUGAUAUCCAAAGACAUAUAUCAGCACUUUCAUAAAACUUUAAUUCAAUUGAAUUUCCAUGCCUUCUGUUGUCUUCAGUUAAGAAACACAUAAGAUUGCAUUAUAGUGCUAUUAUAAAGCCCCUUGACACUUCAACAGGAAAUUAUGUCAUUUGUUGACAUUGUUAUUGAAAUUGGAGCAUAAAAUCUAUUGAGAAAACCUUUCUAUGCAUGUGCAGCAUUUUCAAAUAUAAAAGCAUACUACAUCGAAAAUACCUAAUUUCAAUAACUUGGAAAGUUAUAGAAAAUACUAAGAUAUUAAACAGAAUAACAGUAUGCAUUAAGCUGUGCUGCUGCACGGUGGAAUGCUACUUUGGGGGAGGGGGCAAAGGUGGGCACUGCAAUACUGACUCGGGAUACUUUCCACUACCAUUUAUUGCUGCUAUUUUCUGCCAAAUUUGUAACUGCUUGCUCACAAGCUUGAUAGAAUGGCAAUUGUAUAAGUAUAUCAGUUUCAGAGUACAAAUACUUACAUUAUAAGCAUGGGUGUCACUAUAAUUGUUUCUUCAGGGAGUGUAGGAAUUUACUUAGAAACAUAUAGCUACAUGCUUGAAGACAGAUUUCACUGAUAAAAGCAGAGUAUGCAGAAUGAAAGAAUAAUUUCUUUAAAAAUACUUUUAAUUCUUGGUAUAUUUCAUUCUUUCUGCAGUUUUGUUUUCUUAAUAUUGGUGUGGGGGGGGGGGUCUGACUUCCCUAGCUCCAUGUGCCCAAGACACUGAUGUUUCCUUUUGUUUUCAGGACCUCAUGUCUAGACUAGAGUUAAUAACAGAAGUCUUCCAAAUUGAAGCAGUAGAUUGGAAUGAUCAGAAAUGUUCAGAGUGAAAUUCAUGUGCUGUGUAAAUAUGAAGUUCUAACACUUUUCAUUUAUUGCAGAAUAUCGUCAAUAUUUUUUUUACUUGUCCUAAAGUAAGACAUGUUUUUAUAAAGUAAAUAUAGCCCCCAAGAUUAGGUUAUAUCUGAUUACUAGACAUGAAAUUAAAUGUUUGUAAAUUUGAUAUAUUGAAAGAAAAAAUUAGAUGGUUAUUCAUUCAGAGGCAGCAAAUUAAUCUCUCAUUUCACAAAACUUGUUCUGCAUAUUGCUGUUGUUGAACAAAUUUAAAAUGUAGACAAUUAGCCUGUUUGUGUCAGAUGCAUAGAAAUCAGGUAGUAUAUUAUUAUUGUUCUAAUAUUAAAAUUUCUGGUAUGCAUAUUCUAACUUCCAAGUUCUCCACGGAAAGAAAUAAUAUCAGCUGCUGCGUAAGAUCUGUUUAAUGGGAACUUAAUGAAUGUUUUUAAUGUAUCACAGAAGAGUGAAUUGAAACUUCAGCCAUAUGCAUCAAUUACAUAUUUUGGUCAAGUGCAGAUGGAUUAUACCAUGGUUUCUCAAAUUGUGUUUGAUGACCCUCCCGGUGGCUGACAAGUUCUUGAGAAUUAUUUAAAAUAUAGUGGUAUCUAUGCACAGCUUAGAAAGUCAAGAAGUUUUUGUAAAAUGUGGCUGCAGCCAUCAAAAUAUUCUGAAAAUAUUUCAUGGCUGUACAGGAAUAUUUUAUAGCUUACUGUAGGUGCAGAGAGGCUGUAAAGCUUUCUAAGUUCCUGUUAUUACUGUACAACCUGAAAGGGACCUGAAACAAUAUGCAGAACUGCAGUUUUCACUGACCAGAGAUGGGGAGGCAUACAUUUAUGUAUUUUUCUAGGGGGUCACAGUACCACAAAUUUGAGAACCCCUGGAUUGUACCACAAAACUAGAGAAUAAACCUCUGCUUCUGAAAAUUACACAUUGUGCUAACAUACACUAUUAAUUAAAUAAUUUAUAUGUGUAA